UAGCCAUCCAUCUUCAUUUUUCUCACCUUUUUACUCAAAAUAUUAGCUUUUGUCUCAGAUUCUCUGGAGAAAGAAAUUUCCAUCAGCAAUAUAGUGUGAGGAGACGUGAAAAAGUUAUGGAAUCUCAAAACAAGAACAACCCUCAAAACUUGGCCACUCACCAGAUAACAGCACUUGUUGUAGAUGACAAUGCCCUCAACCGAAAGAUUCAUCAACAGCUGCUGAACAGUGCUGGAGUGAAAAAUGUUCAAGUGGCGGGAAAUGGCAAAGAAGCAGUGGAUAUUCAUAGGCGUGGACAAAGAUUUCACCUAAUUCUCAUGGACAGGGACAUGCCUAUCAUGAAUGGCGUUGAGGCAACAAAGGAACUUCGUUCAAUGGGCAUUUGUAGCAUGAUUGUUGGGGUGUCAUCCCGCGAUACCGAAGUGGAAAUACAAAAUUUCAUGGAAGCAGGUUUGGAUGACUACCAAGAGAAACCCUUGAAGAGUGCUAAGCUUAGUUCAAUUCUUGAUAAGAUCAAGCCCAAUUUUAAUUUCCAGUGAUAAUCCAACUGUAUGUGCAAUGAAUGCAAGAAGUAAUAAAAACAUAUGGUACCUGCAGGCUGGCUAGGAAGUUAACCAUUUCUUGUUUUCAAAUUCCAUAUGUGGAUUUUGUUUCUUUAUUUGGAGUUAGUUAUGUUGGCCUUCCUUUACUAUGGUCAGAAAAAAUGCUUAUACC